AAUAAUGUUCUGUGGGUGACACAACACACAACAAGAAAGAUUUAAAAUACAAAUAAAUAACUAUUUAUUGUAUCGUCCUGUUUGUUUACAAUAUGGAUAAUUGUCGAAUAUGUUUAACUAAGACAGUUGAAAAAGAUAUCUCCGAACUAUCAGAAGAGUUAAAUGGGGACAAGAAAAGUUUUUCGGAUAUAAUGCUGUUUUGUUUGAAUAUUCAGAUUCCGCAAGAAACAAAACUUACAAGAAAAUUGUGUGAUAAAUGUUUCACAAAAAUAAUAUCGUUCCAUGAGUUUAAGACAUUGGCAUUAAAAAACGAUGAAUAUUUACGCUGUCUCCAAAAUGAAGAGGAUAAAGUUUUUACUGUUUUCAAUAUAGAUAACAUAAAAUGUGAGGAAAUUAGCAAUGGACAAUCUGAUGAAUUGUUUUGUGAUAUGGAGCCACUCGGCAAAAUUGAGUAUCAAAUUAAAAGUGAAAAUGAUGUGGACAAUGUGCCUUCAGAUGAAGAACUGCUUAGUGUUAUAAAGAAAAUAAAAUAUGAAUUUGUUAGUGAAGAAUGUAAAGAAAAUAAAGAAAGAAUAAAAAACUUAAGGAAGAAAGGUAAAUGUAAAAAGGAAAGAAACAAAAAAAAAAAUAAGGAGCCAGAACAAAGGGAGAAAAUAUGUGAAGAGUGUGGCAAGUCAGUGAUUAACAUAUUAGACCAUAUGAAGUUACAUCGACCUGCAGCGGAACGGAAGAGAAUCAAUUGCAAAGUCUGUAACAAAACAUUUGCCAGCCAUAGUGCCCGGUACAGACACAAUAAAGUUAAACAUUUGGGUAUCAAAGAUCACUGCAACAAAUGUGGGAAGGAUGUAGUAAGUCUUCGAAGCCACACUCUGUUAAUGCACAGUAAAGCAAAUCUACCUUUCGAGUGCGUCCCGUGCGGACGACGUUUCAUCUCGCAGUCUAGCCUCGAUGUGCACAUGCUUCGUCACACGAAGAACCGGCCGUUUGUGUGCGAGCUGUGCGACAAGGACUUCCAGCAAAAUAUUGGCUUGGUGCAUCACAAACGGCGUGUACAUGACAAGGAAAGAACACAUAUGUGUCAAAUUUGUUCAAAGAGGUUUUUCAGGAAAUAUAACCUACAACUUCAUUUAAGGAGUCAUUCUAAAGAGAAGCCAUACAAAUGUCCAGAUUGUGACAAAUGUUUUAGUUCGUCCACUAUAAUGAAGAGCCAUCAACUUAUACAUAGCGACGCCAAAAAUUUUGUUUGCGAUCUUUGCGACAUGGCCUUCAAGAAACCUGGGUACCUCCGCGUACACAUGAUAAGCCACACGAAGGUGAAGCGCUAUUCGUGCGCGUACUGCGACAUGCCCUUCGGCCGCUCCGACCAUCGCGCGCGUCAUGAACGAACCGCGCACCAGCGGCCCUUCAUACAAACGCAGGAAAACGCACAAACCAAACCAAAGAAGCAGUGAAUCCCACGAGCGUGCUGCCAGAGGGACUUCAUACACUCGCAGGCCAACGCGCCAGCGCAACUUGACAUGCUGUAAACCCACGAGCUAUCAACGCACAAGCGUACGUUCAUAUAUUCGCAGGAAGACUCACCAACGCAACCAAGCCUAAGUAGUCAAAGAACGUAACGUAACCAACCACCGUUAAGUUCACAAAUGCGGGGUUGCAGACAUCAUCUAACAGUUUGUGGGAGCUAAGAAAACUCGUCUUGUGUAUAAACAGAAGAAUAUAAAAAAUUCUUGAUUUUAAAUUUUACUUGUACCACAGUUAGGAUAACAGAUAAUUAUUUAUUUAUUGCAACCAGAUAACCAGGUCAGUCACUUUGGUUUGCGUUAUCGGUUGAAAAUUUUAACAAGCGUUAUUCUAUUUAUUAAAUUGUUUAUUUUAUUAAAGUC